AAAAAAGAAGCAUUGAACGCGAAAUGACUUUGAAACGUAAAGGAAGACGAACGUCGGGACAAAAAUCAAAGCGCUUUAAAUCACAGGCGGUGAUAGAAAUUACAGAAGUAGCGAAGUCAGAGCGAGCAGCAUCGGCGGAAAAAGAAUCAGCGAAGCCAGAGCGAGCGGCAUUGGCAGAAAUAAUUAAGUCAUGUUCAAAGAAGAAGAAACUUCCUGAAGCAGAACACUUACAUAAGCUAUAUGUUGAGGAUAAGGAUAAGUCCGAACGUAAUGUGGUUGAAGACGCAUGCAAACAUAUUGCAAGUCGACUUGAAAAAAUUGACGGCGUUAUAGAGGCAAGGAUCGGGUACAGGGAAGAAGAUCUUGUUUGUCACUGUGUAGUGGACAAAGACGUGAAAAUACCCGACGAAUUUGAGGGAUACACUAUUGAAUGCAAUCAUAUCAGCGAAUUUAAUAAAGAGGAUAAAGCAGUUCUUGAUAAAGAAAGACAGAACAGUCAGUUAAUACCAACGGUUAGUGAAGACUUGUUAAAAAUCAUAAAUGAGAAAAGAGACAGUUUGAUGAAGAACCAUAGUAAUCUUAUUGGAAUUUCCUUCAGCAUGCACAAAUCAAAGCUUUACGAGAAAAGAGGUAAACAUACAUGUGACGACAAGCCAUGUGUCGUAUUUAAUGUAAAAGGAAAGGGGGUCAUUCCUUUAUAUGAAGAAAUGUUACCAAGUCACUUAGGGUCCUUUGACACAGAUGUGAGAAAUUCAUAUUUUGUCAGAAAAGUCGGUGGAAGUCCAAGAGAUCUCCAUAUUGAUAUCAAAAUAGGAUGCAAAAUAAGUACCGACACUGGUUCAGGCACUAUUGGAGGAUUUGUCGAACAUAAAAGCGUACCGAUGGCGAUCACGUGCGCUCAUGUCAUUUUAGAUAAUGAUGAGUUGGGCCGUCUCAAAAAAGAUCCUAAAAAGGUGCCUUGGGGAAAACGCUGCUACCAACCCUCUAAGAAUGGGUCUAAUAUGAUCGGAACACUACAUAGUGCGACGUAUAACAAGUACGUAGAUGUGGCAUUUGUGAAAUUGGAUCCGUCUAGACUGCCAACACAGGGAGUGUUUCCAGACGUUAAAGAUAAGACAGAGUGCAGUAAUCCUUGCAAUCAUUGCUAUGGUGUGUUUUGAUUAUAAUCAACAUUUUUUAAUAUUAUUUUUUUUGAUUAUGGCGAAUAUAGUUUAGAAACACAUUAUCUAUUGUUAAGACGACGCGCAUUUUACGACUUUUCUUGAAUAUUAAUUUUACAAGCCGACCCUAUUUCAGUCAGGUUGUGUUAUAAAACUCCUGCAUUUGUAUAUCUUUAAAGCUUGAUUGAAUAUUGUACCGCCUUUUAACGUAUACGCAUAACCUUUUAAUAUUUAGUUUUUAAGACUC